AAUUGGUCCAUCCUGACUGCCUCGAUCAUCCACUCGCCAUGGACCGUGACGAGGCAGACUUUCCCGCGGCUCGCUUCGCAGACGAUGAAGAGGGCGGAGGAGAGGCCGUUGGCGAUGGCAAGGGUGAUGCAGCUGAUUCGCCUGCGCCCUCCCAGCGUGAUCGCGCUCCCUCUGAGGUUGGCGGCGAAGAGGAAGGCGAUGACGAUGAAGAAGAGGGCGAGGACAUCAUGAAGGAGGGCGGGAACAUCAUCGGAUCUGACGAGGAAGGCGAUUCUUCAGAGGAGGAGGAAGAUGACCCCGAGGAGGCCAAGAGGAUCGCCGAGGGCUUCAUUGACGAUGACGACGCCGAUGAAGACAGAGACAGCGACGACGAUGCUGAGAGGCGACGCAAGAGAAAGAAGAGAAAGGCAAAGAAGAGGAGGAGACAACGCCAGCAGCAGGAGGAAGACGAGAUGCUUGACGAGGACGACCUAGACCUCAUCGGAGAGAACACGGGACUGCGCCGCAACAAGGAUGAGAGAAGGUUGAAGCGCCUCCGUCGAGAGUCGGCUUCACCUGAUGGUCAAGAUGCGGAGCAGGCGGCGAAGAAGCCUCGCGACCUCGAACACAUGUUCGACGACGAUGAUGACGAGGACGAGAUCCCUGCUCGUCGUCGGAGGGACGCCAUCGACGACGAUGACGAGGACAUGCCCUCAGCAGCUCAGGUUCUUCAAGCAGCAUCAGCUCGAAGAGGUCGGCGAGAUGAGAUCCCUGCGUUUGAGGACGAGAUGGAAGACUUCAUCGAUGACGAUGAAAGCGACGAAAUGGACGAGGACCUUUCCGAAGGCGAGAGGGAGCAGCGCAAGGAGGAAAAGAGGAAACAGAAGCAAGCCGAGAAGGAAGCUCGUCGCGCGAGAAGAGCUGGGUUCGGGAGCAUUGAUCCUAACAGAGCUGGCAUCGAUGCCGAGUCCUGGGCAGAGCUUAAUGAUGUCUUUGGUGACGGCACCGAGUACGAAUUCGCUCUGCACAAGGACGACGAGGAGGGCGAGGAGGCGUUGGACGAGGACGGUGAGGUCAUCAUCGUGCCUACGGAAGAGCGUCGUGGCGCGAAGGCCGGCUUCAAGGACAUCUUCGAGCCUUCUGCCAUGAAAGCUCGCAUGAUGACCGAUGAGGAUGAUCGAAUCAAGCGCGCCGACUUUCCCGAGCGCUUCCAGGUCGCCCUGCCCGGCGACGAAGGCUUACUUCUCCUGGAGCGGACCCUCACUCCCGAAGAACUCGACGAGUGCACUCGAUGGGUCUCGCGACGCUUCUCCCAGCGCAGCAACCGUUUCUUUCUCGACGAUAAUGCCGAACAGGCUCAAUAUCGAGAUGCUUGGUUUACAUGCGUACGUAACAUGGUCGAGCAAAUCAUCAACAAUCGAAGAGAAGGGAUGUACCUGUUCGCCCAUCGACCAGACGAAUUCGAGGUGCGGGUCUCGCUACCGGGGCAACAAGAGACCAUCAUCGAGCUGCUUCAGAGAAGAGACUUCUCUGCCCUCACUGCAGCGUGCCUCAAGUUCAAGUCACUGCUGGUCCGCCGCGAUGGGCUUGCGGCGUCCUACCGACGCCUCGCCUCGUCUGAGCAAGUUGACGUCGAGGAAAAAGCGAUCUUCGAGAGGAUGCUUAGGGCCACUGAGAGCAUCGAGGAAGUUGCCGACGUGUCAGAGUGGCUGCUCAUGAGGCACGGUCAGAAGAUGAGAGAUGUACAGGCGCUUCAGCAGUCUUCAGAGACAGAGGGCAACGAAGAAGGCGCUGCCGGCGCCUUCAAGCGGCCGACUGUGGUCAGCACCUACGAGCGUAUCAAGGGCACCCCUGUCUCAUCAUUGGCCACGCGAUUCGGCAUCUCAUCAAUCCAGCUUGCCGAAAAUGUGGCGGCUCAGGUGAAGGUGCACUUGACCGAAGACGAGUCGAAGGCCCCUCUUGCGCUUGCCGAUGAGUACGUGAAUCUCGACAAGGGACCCAUGUCCGCGCAGCAGGCUCUCGACUCUGCCAAGACGCUAUUAGCCCAUGAGAUAGGCAAGGACCCCGUCUUAAAGCGACAUGCCAGACGACUUCUGCGCGAGUCUGGCGUCAUCAGUGUCGAACCCACCGAUCAAGGCCAUUACAAGAUCGACGAGGAGCAUCGCUUCUACAACUUCAAAUUCCUCAGGCACAAGCCUGUUGGCCAAUUCACCGUCGUCAACCAGGCUGAAUCGCUUCUGGCACCAGCUCAAUAUCUUAUGAUCCUCCAGGCCGAAGAGGAGCUCCUGGUCACAGUCGAUGUCGGUAUCGUUCCGCAAGCUUUGCGAGACUUCGAGAACAUGCUGCUCAACAGUUACAAGAGCGACGAGCUCAGCGAGAUCAGCCAGGAGUGGAACGAUGUUCGCAAGGAUGUUAUUCAGCAAGCUUGUGAUUCCUUUCUGCUUCCCGCUGGUAAGCUCUGGGUGCGCGAGUGGCUGCGGGAAGAGUGCUUGGAGUUCCUCGGGCGCACCUGCGAGGUGACAAUGACGAGCAGAUUGGAUCGACGGCCGUAUGAGUCGACGAGCAUGAGGGCUCGUCGCGAGCUCUUGCGACGGAAGAACAUCGAGUCGUACGGCCAGGAUUACGAUUCAGAUGAAGAGGACGAUGAAGAGGACGAGAAAAAGGAAGGCUUUCCCAAAGUUCUGGCUGUGUCUCACGGUAAUGGCGACCCGCGAAGGGACAGCGUUCAAACGGUCUUUUUGGACUCAGGCGGGCGAUUCCGCGAGCACAACGAGUACGACACUAUCGCUCAACCCAAGCCCGAGUCAACCGAGGCGCUAGACCCAAGUGCGCGGCAUCCCUCUCGAGACUUUGUCGAGCUCCUUGUUAGCAGACGACCUGACGUCGUCGUCGUAAGUGGCUUCUCGCCGCGGACCAUCAUGCUUCGAGCGCAAGUCCAGGAAUGCGUCGCACAAGCGGUGAAAAUCAUCGCAGAGCGGAAGAAAGUGCCAGUAGAGGACAUGGGUUUGUGUCAGAUAGACGUUGUCACCUGCCACGACGAUGUGGCGAGGAUCUACCAGCACAGCUCCAGAGCGGCCGAGGAGUACCCUUCACUGGGCAAGCUAGCGCGAUAUUGCGUUGGGUUGGCUCGCUAUAUUCAGUCGCCACUGCAGGAAUUCGCAGCCCUCUCGGACGAAGACCUGCUGGCUCUCCGGUACGACACCUAUCAGCACCUCAUCCCUCGCGAACGGCUGCUGCACUAUCUCGAACGCGCUCUCGUCGCCGUGGUCAAUACCGUCUGUGUUGACAUCAACCGCGCAAUCAUUGACGCCAACUACGCCAACCUACUGCGCUAUGUGGCCGGCUUGGGUCCACGCAAGGCGGACGCCUUGCUGAAAGCCAUCACAACCCAGCUCGGCAGUCAUGUCGUCAAUCGCGCCGCCCUCUUGAUUGGCGCACCAGAAUCGGAGAUGCUGAGCAAAGACAUGCAGAUCCUUAGCUUCAACGUGUGGCACAACGCAUGUGCUUUCCUCGUUGUGCGCAGCGUUGCGCCGACGCGUGCAUCACGGAACAAGGAGGGGGCCAGGAUGCAAGGCGAGAUCGACGCUCUGGAUGCGACAAGAAUCCAUCCGGAAGCAUACGAAUAUGCGCGGUUUAUUGCCUUUGACGCACUGCGCAAGACGGAAGAGGACCGCGAGGAGGGCCAACAUCCCUCAGCCUGGUGUAAGGAGCUGAUGGAGGACCCAGGCCGAGAGAGCAAGGUAGGCGACAUCGACAUGGCCGACUACGAACGCAAUCUUUGGGCCGAAAUGGCAAGGAGAGGCGAAAAGCGCGAGCGUAAGCUUUCUCUCCUCGAGAUGGUCGCCCGCGAGCUCGUGCACCCACUCGUGGAGCAGCGGCGAGACUUUGUAUUCCCGAACAACGAAGAGAUUCUCACCAUGCUCACCGGGGAGACAAAAGCGACUUUCGACACAAUGCGCCUCGUCAACGUGCAGGUCGUCGCUAUCACGCGAGAUUAUGUCAGUGUCAGGCUCGAUUCUGGCAUCGAAGGCACGAUUCACGCGGAGUAUUUGCGGCCAUUUGACACAGAGGAGUAUGUUGCAAGGGGCGAGCGGCCCCCGCACAUCCGAGAUCUCGUGAAACAUCAGCAGAUGCUCAAGGCGCAGAUCAUCGAUGUCGACGCCGCCCAGAUCCGUGCAGAGCUGACGGCAAGGCCUUCGCACCUAGAAUUGGCGAAGGAGCAAGAUGCCGAGCGGAGGAGAGUGGCAGUCGAUGUGCGCUACUUCGAUCACGUCCGAGCUCAGAAGGAGCGCGAGGAGGCCGAAAUCGCUCGUCAACGGAAGAAGAACGCUCGCGGAGCUCGUUUGAUUCGGCACCCCAACUUCCACAACUUCAAAGCAGGCCAGGCUGAGGAGCAUCUGGCCAACAUGCCUCGUGGUACAGCAAUCGUGAGACCAAGCUCGAAGGGCGUCGAUCAUCUCGCAGUGACUUGGAAGGUCGAUGAGGGCGUCUACCAGCAUCUAGAUGUCCUUGAGCUGGACAAGGAUCCAGACGCAGAAGUCGGCAGAAUUCUACGGAUUAGUAACCCUUCUUCCGGUGGAGAUGGUGGUACGGCAAGUGGUGCCUCGUACUCGGAUCUCGAUGAGCUGCUCGUCAGCCACAUCGCUCCUAUGGCGAGGAUGGUGGAGAUGCUCAUGUCGAGCGAAAAGUACCAAGGGUCAGAUGAGGAUCUUCAUCGCUACCUGACCAACUUUUCCCUUGCCAAUCCCACGCGAAGUCAAUACGGCUUUGCCAUCGACAAGAAGAGGCCUGGCGUCUUCAUCUUGGGCUUCAAAGCCAACCGAGAGGCACCCGUUCAGCGAUGGCCCGUUCGAGCGCUGCCGGGACGAUUUAAACUCAACGAGGCCGAGUUGCCCGAUGUCAUGAGUCUAUGUAACGCUUUCAAGACGCAGUACACGACGCGUGUCCUCCGUGCAGGUGGGCGAACACCAGCAGCUGCGACCCCUGGUGCUGGUCUGCGAGCAGGCGGCCGGACACCAGCUACGGUGAGAGCCGGGGGAGGAUACACGCCAAUGGCCAUGCAGACGGGUGCUACGCCGAAUCCUUACGCCACGAGACCGACGGGAGCAACGCCGAAUCCCUAUGCUGGUCGGGCGUAUGGUGGAGCAACUCCCAUGAUGAGACCUCCAGCUCCAGGCCCGCCUCCUGCGAGGCCGCCCAUGCCUGGGCCUCCGCCACCGCCUCCACCUGGAUUUGGCGCACCUCCGUCGAUGCCACCACCUCCGCCAGGUAGACCAACGGGAAUUCACCCCGACCGUCUGGCCCAACUCAACCGAGGUGGCGGUGGCUACUAGUUCAAUCUCUACCACGGGAUCUUUCAAUGUGUAUUCUCUCACCCAUCGAUCAUGAGAUGUUUGCUUGCUUGCAG